GGGUGGACAGAAGGGAAAAUGGGAUGGCUUAGGAAUGGGGUCUUUGUUCCCCGCUGCCCCGCAGUGUCCCAAACCUGUGAUUGCGGCUGUGCACGGCGCCUGCAUCGGAGGAGGUGUGGACCUGGUGUGUGCCUGUGACAUCCGCUACUGCAGCCAGGACGCGUGGUUCCAGGUGAAGACGUCCCCCCAUGUCCCCACGCUGUCCCCUGUGCCGCAGGAGGUGGACAUCGGGCUGGCGGCCGACGUGGGCACACUGCAGCGUCUCCCCAAGAUCGUGGGCAGCCAAAGCCUCGUCAACGAGUUGGCCUUCACCGCUCGCAAGAUGAUGGCCCCCGAGGCGCAGAGCUGCGGCUUGGUGAGCCGUGUUUUCCCAGAUAAGGCUGCGCUGCUGCAGGGAGCCCUGGAUUUGGCCGCCUCCAUCGCAGCCCGCAGCCCCGUGGCCGUGCAGGGCACCAAGGUGAACUUGUUGUACUCGAGGGAUCACCCGGUGCCUGACAGCCUGCGCUUCAUGGCCGUCUGGAACAUGAGCAUGCUGCAGACGGACGACGUCCUGAAGUCAGUGCAGGCUGUCAUGGAGAAGAAGGGCCCCGAGGCCGUUACCUAUUCCAAACUGUAGGGUCAGAACAACCCCCCCCCCCCCCCCCGCCCCCCCCCCCCCC